ACAGCUGUUUGUGACGAGCAAAGUUCAGCGGUUUCGGAUUCAGGUUUUGUGAUUGCCGAAUAAUUGUUGAUUAGAUUGUUUACCAAACCCGUAACGGGCUGAGCUGAUUUCACAAUGCUUCUUCGUCCGUGUGGAAGAGCAAUCUUUAGCAGGUUUUACAGCAGCAUGAAGGUGAAAGUGACAGUGAAGCAAGGCGUUGUGGUGGGCCGGCAGAAGAAGCUGGCCAAUGGCUUGGAGUACAACAGUUUCCUAGGGGUUCCUUAUGCAGAACCACCACUGGGAGAGCUCCGUUUCCGCAGCCCGCGGCCAUUGGAGCGCUUUCAACAGCAGGAGAUGGACUGCAGUAAGGAGGGAAGCGUGUCCCACCAGCGGGAUCCGUUCACUUUGGAAAUGGCCGGCUCCGAGAACUGUCUUUUCCUUAAUGUAUAUGCACCUAAAGUUAAAAGCCCGGGAACUCCUUUGCCCGUCAUGGUCUGGAUUCAUGGCGGCGGCUACUUCUUCGGCAACGGCAACAGUGACUUCCACUUUCCCGGCAAGCUCAUGGAGCAGGAGGUCAUUGUGGUCACCCUGAAUUACCGACUUGGCGCUCUUGGUUUCCUUAGCCUGCCCGAGGAGGGAAUACACGGGAACAUGGGACUUAAGGAUCAACGUCUGGCCCUUGAAUGGGUGCAGGAGAACAUAGCCAGCUUCAAUGGCGAUCCAAAUAACGUAACCCUCUUUGGCGAGAGUGCGGGCGGUGCUUCAGUGCAUCUGCAUACCCUGGCCCAUCAUGCCAACCGACUAUUCCACAAGGCUAUCAUGCAGAGUGGAACAGCCAACAUGGAGUGGGUGUUACAGAAUGAGGCACCUGCCAAGACCAGACUUUUGGCGAAACUUCUGGGUGGUGGUGAUUUUGGCGGCGACACCAAAGCACUUUUGACUUUCCUACAGUCAGAAAAGGCCACACCCACUGCCAUUACGGGUAACACAUUAAAGGUCUUAAGCCCCGAUGAGCGACGACGUCACCUGCCCUUUGCCUUCAAGCCAGUAGUGGAGGACAGCAGCAGUCCGGAUAGCUUUCUUGACCAGAACAUCUUGGAGCGGAUGCACAAAAAGGACUGCCACGGAAGCAUGCCAUUGAUCAUGGGGUACAACUCUGCCGAGGGGCUGGCCAUGGUGGUGAAGGCCAAGCAAAAACUAGAGGCCUACGAGAAUGAUUUGGCCAGGAUGGUGCCACGCAAUCUGGUGCUGGACGCACAGGCUCCAGAGGCGCAGGAAGCUGCUUCUGACAUACGAGCCUUUUUCUUCAACGGUCAGGCACUGACCAGGGAAAACCUGGACAACCUGGUGGAUUUGUUCUCCGAUUAUCACUUUAUAAUGGAUAUGCAGCAUGCAGCGGAGAUUCACGCCAGUUGCCAAACGCAGUCUCCUCUGUACUUCUAUCGCUUGGACUAUGUGGGCGGUCGUAAUCUAUACAAGAAGAUCUUCCAGAACGAGGACCUCCGUGGAGUGGCUCACGCCGAUGAUAUUUGCUAUCUGUUCCAGAUGGCGGGUGACGAGUCCGAGAUGAGGAAGGAUGACUUGAUGGUCACGGAACGACUAUGUGAAAUGUGGGCAAAUUUCGCGCGCAAUGGAAAACCUUCGCCGAUUUGGAAGCCUGUCAAGAAGCCGCAGGGUGGUGAGCCCUUCCAGCUAGACUGUCUACUUAUCGAUCGGGAACUGAAGAUGUGUACCAACCCGGAUGGCGAAAGGAUGGACUUUUGGAGGAGCAUGUACAGGAGGUACAGGAGCAAGUGCUACGAAGCUCUGAGAGCUAAACUUUAACUCAUAAUGACUAAGAUAAACUAAAUAAAGCAAUACACCCUCAA